AUGGUUACAGCGUCGAUAACAAAAAACGCAGUGGUAACAACAUCGACAACAGAAACAACAAUGGUUACAACAUCGACAACGAAAACAACUAUGCUUACAACGUUGACUAAUUCUCAUACAACAACAAUGAAUGUAUCAAGAUUCAGCAAAUGGAAACAAAAUGCCAUCACUGUAGCUGGUGGAAAUGGAGAAGGACAGAAAUUAAAUCAACUCAAUCGCCCUGAAGGAAUUUUUAUUGAUAAAAACAAAAAUAUUUUCAUUGCUGAUCGGUUUAAUCAUCGUAUUGUUGAAUGGAAAUGUGAUGCAAAAGAAGGACAAAUCAUUGUAGGUGGAAACGGACAAGGAAAUCGAGUAGAUCAAUUAAAUCGACCAACAGAUGUGAUUGUUGAUCAACAAAACCAUUUAAUCAUCAUUGCUGAUCGUGACAACAGACGAGUGAUUCAAUGGAUGAAUGAAAAUCAACAAAUUCUCAUUGAGAAUAUUGACUGUGAUGCCUUGGCAAUGGGUAAAAGUGGAUUUCUUUAUGUUUCUGAUUGGAAGAAGGAUGAAGUGAGACGGUGGAAAAUAGGAGAAUACAAUGAAGGAAUUGUAGUGGCAGGUGAAAAUGGCAGAGGAAAUCAACUUAAUCAACUCAAUAAUCCUACUUAUAUAUUUGUUGAUGAAGAUCAAUCUGUUUAUGUAUCAGAUAUGAACAAUGAUCGUGUGAUGAAAUGGAUAAAAUAUGCAAAAGAAGGAAGAAUUGUGGCUGGAGGAAAUGGUCAAGGAAGAAAUCUUAAUCAAUUGUCUUCACCUCAAGGAGUAAUUGUUGAUGAUUUGGAUCAAAUCUAUGUGACAGAUUAUGGGAAUCAUCGAAUAAUGCGUUGGUGUGAAGGAAAAGAAGAAGGCGAAAUUGUUGUUGGUGGAAAUGGUCAAGGAAAUCAAUUAAUUCAAUUGAAUUAUCCCACAGAUUUAUCUUUCGAUGAUGAAGGAAAUCUUUAUGUUGCUGAUUAUUCGAAUCAUCGAAUUCAAAAAUUUGAAACAAUUUUGUGA